AUGGCUACUCCUCAGACACAUGUUAUUGUUAUUGGAGCCGGAAUCACCGGUCUCUUGACCUGCCAAGGUCUGAAAAAGGCCGGUAUCUCGUAUUCGUGUUUCGAGCGCGAUGCCUCCCUGAACUCCCGCAGUAAUGAAUGGACUAUGGCCAUCCACUGGUCGCUUCCACUUCUAGCUGAGAUUCUCCCAACUGAAGUCCGCGCGAAGCUGGCGACGAUCGCUUGUAACCCAGUUGCUGGUAUCCACUCUGGACUAUACCCAAUCAUCCACGGCGAGACCGGAGAUUUGAUUACUGGAGUUCCCUAUAAGGAUGGAUUGCGAGUUCCACGAAGCAAGAUGCGCGCUUUGUGCUCUGAGGGUAUCGAUGUACAGUACGGCAAAACUCUGGCAGAUGUUGCAUUUAACGAGAGCGGCAAUGGUGUGAUCGCUACGUUUACUGAUGGAACUCUUGUCUCUGGAACUAUGAUCGUUGGUGCUGAUGGACCCCGAUCUCGUGUGCGAGAAACUGCCAUGGGAGAUGCCAAACUCGCCGCCACUACCUCAUUCCCUAUCUUCCACACUAACAUGACUGUAUGCUACAAUGAUGCUGAGAAGGCGAAGUUUGUUCGUGAGAAGUAUCCUACCAGCUACUUGGCUCUGAGCGAGCGAUCUUUCCACGCCUUCCAAUCCAUCUCGAGCAUGCCCGAUGGUCCGGACCACCCUGAGACUUGGGUUUUUCAUAUGGCCAUGGCUUGGAUGGGUCAAAGCGACAACGCCAUGUGCUACGCCGAGCGACUUGCGCUCGUCAAGUCUAAGGCAGAGGGUCUGGGAGAGCCCGCUCGUUCCGCUUUCAUGUGGAUGCCCGAGGAGACAGAGGUCCACAAGGCCGACAUUAGUUACUGGAUCAGUCAGCCAUGGAACAACAAGGAUGGUCGAUUGACGCUAGUUGGAGAUGCUGCGCACCCAAUGCCACCAUACCGCGGACAGGGACUGAACCACUGCAUUUGUGAUGUAUCCAAACUCUUGGCGGGGCUUGCUGGCGUCCACAGUGGAUCGACCGCACUAUCUGACGCCAUCAAGGAAUACGAAGCUGAGAUGAUUCCUCGAGGAAAGGAGGAGGUGACUUGCUCUGUUGAGAACGGAAGAAUGUUGCACGACUGGAACAAGAUCCAGGAGAGCCCAGUCUUCAAGCGUGGAUUCCUGCCCAUGGAUGGCCAUGAUAGUCGAAAGGAGGUUGCACAAGCAUCCUAG